GCCUGGUUGUUGUUUCCCCGGGCAAGGAGGAAGAAGUUGUUCAGCACGGGCUACCGGAGGUUUGGGAACACCGAGAGAGGAUAACAGACUCCACCGAGGCAGCUUUACUCUCUGCUGUGACCAGAGUACGAUCCGUGAAUCUGAAUGGAAAGAGAGUAGUGGGCUGAAAUCCAUCAGGAAUAUAACCCACCAUCACCUUGUAGCUCGGCACCGUGUGUGAGCGGCACCGUGCAACUCCUCGAUCCAGCGUGUAACACCGCUGCUCUGGAUUGUGUUGGGAACUAACAAGGGAAUGACAUAAACACACCCAGAGAUGGUUAACUUUGCCAGGGGACCUUCAGAGACACUACUACUGCUGCUGCUGUGAACUUUUCUGUCCUAAAACCGUACAGAAGAGAACUUGGAUUACAAAAAAAAUAAGUUAUUUUUUAUUCUUAUCACCAGCCAAAGGAUUAAUUAUGCCGGACCAAAUCACAGUUUCCGAGUUUGUGGCAGAGACAAAUGAAGAUUAUAAAUCACCGACUGCCUCUAACUUCACCACCAGGAUGUCCCACUGCAGGAAUACAGUGUCUGCUCUGGAGGAGGCGCUGGACGUGGACCGCAGUGUUCUGUACAAGAUGAAGAAAUCUGUGAAGGCCAUCUACACGUCUGGUCUGGCGCAUGUAGAGAACGAGGAGCAGUACACUCAGGCCCUGGAGAAGUUUGGAGAGAACUGCGUGUACAGAGACGAUCCUGAUCUGGGUUCAGCUUUCCUCAAGUUCUCCGUCUUCACCAAGGAGCUCACUGCGCUCUUCAAAAACCUGUUCCAAAACAUGAACAACAUCAUCACCUUUCCUCUGGACAGCCUGCUGAAAGGAGACCUCAAGGGAGUCAAAGGGGAUCUGAAAAAGCCUUUUGACAAAGCCUGGAAGGACUACGAGACAAAAGUCACCAAGAUAGAGAAGGAGAAGAAGGAACACGCCAGGCAGCACGGGAUGAUCAGGACGGAAAUCAGCGGCGCAGAGAUCGCUGAGGAGAUGGAGAAGGAGAGGAGAUUCUUCCAGCUGCAGAUGUGUGAGUAUCUCCUCAAAGUCAAUGAGAUCAAAAUCAAGAAGGGAGUGGACCUGCUGCAGAACCUCAUCAAGUACUUCCACGCACAGUGCAAUUUCUUUCAGGAUGGUCUAAAAGCUGUGGACAACUUAAAACCUUCCAUUGAAAAACUGGCCACAGAUCUGCACACGAUAAAGCAGGUGCAGGACGAGGAGAGGAAACAGCUGACUCAGUUACGAGACGUCCUGAAGACAGCACUGCAGGUGGAGCAGAAAGAGGAUUCACAGGUGCGGCAGAGCACCACCUACAGCCUGCACCAGCCUCAGGGCAACAAGGAGCACGGCACGGAGCGCAGCGGCUGCCUCUUCAAGAAGAGUGACGGGUUGAGGAAAGUGUGGCAGAAGAGAAAGUGCACAGCGAAGAACGGCUACCUCACCAUCUCACACGGCACAGCUAACCGGCCACCAGCUAAACUCAACCUGCUCACCUGCCAGGUCAAACACAAUCCUGAAGAGAAGAGAAGCUUUGACCUCAUAUCACACGACAGAACGUAUCACUUUCAGGCCGAGGACGACCAGGACUGUCAGAUCUGGAUCUCAGUGCUGCAGAACAGUAAGGAGGAGGCGUUGAAUCAGGCCUUCAAAGGGGACCAGCAUGUCGGAGAGAACAACAUCGUGCAGGAGCUGACCAAGGCCAUCCUGAUCGAGGUGAAGAGGAUGACGGGAAACGACCUGUGCUGUGACUGCGGAGCGCCCAACCCGACGUGGCUGUCCACUAACCUGGGCAUCCUCACCUGUAUUGAAUGUUCGGGGAUCCACAGAGAGCUCGGAGUCCACUACUCCAGGAUCCAGUCCCUCACUCUGGACGUUCUCAGCACCUCAGAGCUCUUGCUGGCCAAGAAUGUGGGGAAUGCAGGCUUUAAUGAAAUCAUGGAGGCUUGUUUGAGUGCUGAAAAUGUGGUGAAACCCAACCCAUCCAGUGACAUGCAGGCGAGGAAAGACUUCAUCACCGCCAAAUACACAGAGAAACGAUUCGCCCGGAAGAAAUGUCCUGACGCCAUGUCGCGGCUCCACACGCUGUGUGACGCGGUGAAGGCCCGGGACAUCUUCUCCCUCAUCCAGGUCUACGCCGAGGGAGUGGACCUCAUGGAGCCCAUACCUCUGGCCAACGGACACGAACAAGGAGAGACGGCCCUCCAUCUGGCAGUCAGACUGGUGGACAGAACGUCUCUUCAUAUUGUUGACUUCCUCACUCAGAACAGUUUAAAUCUGGAUAAGCAGACGGCUAAAGGCAGCAGCGCGCUGCACUACUGCUGCCUGACCGACAACAGCGAGUGUCUGAAACUGCUGCUGCGAGGGAAAGCCUCCAUAGAGAUCGCUAAUGAGGCCGGGGAGACUCCGCUGGAUAUCGCCCGGAGGCUCAAACACCUACAGUGUGAAGAGCUGUUGAGCCAAGCACUGUCGGGGAAAUUCAACGCUCACGUCCAUGUUGAAUACGAAUGGUGCCUGCAGCAUGAAGACUUGGAUGAAAGUGACGAAGAUCUGGAUGAGAAGCCCAGCCCUCACCGCAGAGACGAGCGUCCGGUCAGCUGCUACACCCCCAGCAGCAGCUCCCACCUGCAGGCCGCUCUGGGCUCUGCGGGCCGCGACGGCCUCGGGAAGGACAAGCAGCGAGCCUACAUGCCCAGCCUGGUCAACAACGAGACGUACGGCACCAUCCUCAACAACAACCAGGCUCAGUCUGCCUCCAACUCCGCUCCCCCGCUGCCCCCGAGGAACCUGGUCCAGUUAACCGGCCUGGGGGGGAUCGGUCAGUCUUCAGCGUCCAGCAGCUGGAAACCCGGUCCUUUAGACCUUGGUGGCCGACAGAGGUCUUCCUCGGACCCCCCCAACAUGCACCCUCCUGUCCCCCCCCUGAGACUCACUUCGGCUGGAGGUCUGGGUCCUCCUGUAGCGAAGAUGGAGUCCAUGACCAUACAGUCCAAGUCGAGCCAGGGACCGCUGGGGUCCAGAGCGGCGCCCCCUAAAUCUCCUGCAGGCAAUGAUAAAAGCUACAGCAGACCCCUGAAUCGAAGUGUUUCUAUCGAAAGACCGGCUAAGGAAGUGCCAGGAUGCCCCCCGAACUCCAUGGGUCAGUGUCUGCCUGCGGCCCCCACGCAGAGGAAGGCCUACCCAAAGCAGAGGCCGAAGCGAGUGAAAACCAUCUAUAACUGUAUCGCUGACAACCCGGACGAGCUGACCUUCUCCGAGGGCGAGGUGAUCAUCGUGGACGGAGAGGAGGACCAGGAGUGGUGGUUGGGCCACAUCGAAGGCGAUCCGAUGAGAAGAGGAGCCUUCCCGGUGACAUUCGUUCACUUCAUCGCUGACUGAAAGCUUCCUCUCCGGGUCUCAGGAAGUGUCGCCGGAUGCAGCGUCCCUCCUCCGCCCGUCUCUGCCCGGCCAGUCCGCACAACAUCCUCCAUCGUCCCAGUCUUUGUUGUCUUCAUCAGCGAGCUUCUUAAAGUGUCACUGCUGUAUCGCCACCUCUGCUGCAACAGACAGAAAGUCAUGGGACUGUUUGUGGUUUUAGACGCUUGCUGUUAAUGUUUCUAAAAAAAGACUCUUUAAAAAACAAAACAAUGAUUGUAGUGAAUGACCUCUCGCAAUAAAUGCACUUUGCUUGUCUUUAUCCUCGUGACAACAUAAGACGACAUGUGACAUGAUGAAGGUUAAUAUGUACAGUAUUGAUUUAAUCCAUAUCUGUUCAGAUGAGAAGACUACAGCGAUGUAUUUUAACUUUCCAACAACUGUAAAUGUGAUCAACAUGCUUACAUUCCACCCCUGUGCAUGAGCCAUUUUAGAUGCCUUCCUGCGUAUAGGUGUGACCUUUAAAUUCUGUAGCAGUGUGGAGGUCUUUCUAAUGGUGCUAAGUAAACCGCAUAAUAUACCAGAAGCUGCACCCUAAGGAGCGCUCCCCUGUCCCCGUUUCAAAGACAGACCAGCGUUGAAAAGGGGCUAAAAUGAUGUAAAAAUAGCCUCUGACUCACACCUAGCAGAAGCUUUUCAUCUUACCCCGGUGUGAAUGUGUGAUGGAGCAGCUUUUCCACACAUUGCGGUUUCACCUGAGAGGAUAAUAUUCAACACUUCCUGCUGUGAUGUUUUAGGUCCAUUACUGACACUCACUGGAAUCGCCAGUAAUUACUUUUGUGCCGAGUCUGACACCUCGGCUGUCAUCUGCCUUAUUAUAGGAACAGGAAGUGGUUGUGUGUGCGUGUCUUCGUCUGCUCAGAGUGAAAGCAUUUGGAAAUAAGAGGAUAUGAUGGAGAGUGUGGAAGUGGGAUCAAAAGCAGGAGUUAGCUCUCUGACUAUUUACUUCCUCCCGCCUUUGUCCACAAAUGAGCCGCAGUCUGUCUCUAUCUUUGACUUUAUACUGAGAGAGAAUAUCCUUCCUACAGCUUAAACCUCAUGUGUGUACAUCUCUGGGGUCCAAUAAUGUAGGAAUAUGGGUUUAUCUAUAGUGUUGUGAAAUAAAUAUGAAAAAGACAAUGUAAUUAACUUCA